GCUUUCGUGAGAGAAAAGUGUGAAUGCAAUUGCUGAAAGUUCGGUAACAGUUCGAUGACAUCCCGUGAGACAUCGUUAAUGGGGUUAAUGAAUAGGACAAAAGUUAAGAAAGAAAACAUGGCCAUACGAAGUAAGACAAAAAUUACGAACGAAGAUAGAAUGUGUAAACAUUAUCAGAGACCGAUAGUACCUGAGAUAUAUACUGCGGACAUUCCGCAUUAUUUGAAAUACAGGGUUUUAAGCGGAAUUUUACAAGAAAAUUCGCAAAGACGACAUUGUGAUACUGUGUCACUUAAAUCGGAGGCGCGCAAAAAUGCAAGAACGCAAACGGUUUAUAGAGAAAGUGAAGCUCAAACCGAAUCCUGGGAACCACCAUAUAAAAUUGUUUCAGGUCACAAUCCUGAAAUAUUGACAUUGGAUCAUUUAACUUGGAAGCAUGGAUUACCUGCGGGUAUCCAUGAAAUACAUAUUAUCAAUAGAAUGCAGAUGAAAAAAGCUUGGGAAAGUAUUCUUCCACCAAUGGAUACGCCGGCUAAUAUAAAGCUGCGAAAUUCGAUAAUAACAAUUUUAGAAAUAGAUAAAUGGGCAUUUCGUGAGGCGGAAAUCCAAUUCAUAAUGGAUUUGCGAUUAAAUCUGAUGAAAAAUGUUUUGCAAAGUCGUGAGUCGCAAAAUAAAAAGAAAAUAAAAAAUCAUUUCAAUAGACUCUAUAACAAACUGGGGAAACAUCGAGACGACCAAGUCAGUACUAUUAGACAUAAUCUUAAACGAAAUCUGCGAAAAUUAUAUAAAAAGUAUCAUGAUAAUCAAUCUUGCAAACCUGAUAUAAUUGAAUAUUCUCAAAAACGACACGAAAUGUUGCAGAAGCGAUUUUUAAGUGAAAGCUUUACCGAUCAAGGAGAAAAGAAAGGUACAACCCUCAACUGGUUACCAACCAUCAAAGAGCCGAAAGUGAUGAAACACAAGCCUAAACCGAUAGACAUUUGUAUACGAGAAACUAGAUGGACGGAAGAGAAACUGAAGCAAUUUUAUUCUGACUUGAAGGCCAUUCGAAUGAAUGUUAAACCCGUAGAUGUAAUUCCGAAAUUAAUAAAGCGUAAUUACGCUAAGCCGGCUUUGUCCAUUACAUCAGCAAGCCUGUGUCUGUGGAACGACGUGCAAAAGACGAUAUAUGUAAGGAGACUUUUGCGUGGAUCAGCGAAGCUAUUCGUAAAGUAUGAAGCACGAAGGAAGACGAUUGACCUUGGCGAUGAAGUAAACGAUACAUUCAAACAGCAGAAUGAACAGGAGAAGCGUCGCGAAAAAAUACAUAUGAUUGAGUUGCAGCAACUACAAAAUGAACAAUCGAUACAGGAAGAUCGUUUAUGUGAGAUUCUCAAUUCUUUGGAAGGGAAAACAAUCUGUGGGACAUUAGAUUUUCUUAGCAAAGAACUAGUGAGAUUAGAGGAUGAACGUAAGACUCAUGCUUUUGCUUUACUUGCCGAAAGAGAAAGAUGUAUGAGGGAAGCUGCUGAGGCUGGUAGGCGACAAUUAGAACGUAAUCGACGACGAGAAUUCGACGAAAUGUUUAAACAAAUUGUCAAAGUAAAUCAGGACUCGAUAGAAGCUUAUUUGGAAGACAUUAUAAGGGAAGGUGUUGAAUGGAUGUCUGAUAAAACAGCCAAAGAACAUGUCUUACAGCUUUAUAAAGUGAAUGACAUAUCAAAACAUGAAAAGUGAGAUUGCAUGGAUAAGUUGACAGAAAAGGAAUUGGUAACGGAUAUGAUCUAUAAUUUUGUUUUACCUGAAGUGGAAAAACACAAUGUGAGAAAAAACAUUUGUGAUAGACAACAAAGUUAUAUGCGAAAUGCAUAUAUAUCAGUUUACGAGAAAAUUUUAAAUUUGCCAUUUAUUGAACCAUCAAAUCGAAAACUAUCAUCAAAUCAAAAAGCGGAAGAAGAUCGAAUAUUAACAUCACAAAUUGAAAUAGAAAAUGAGCAGGGAUUCACAUGUUUUUUGGUAAAGACUAAGAGAGUGGAUUUUAAGAGUAACACAGACAAGCCCCUAGACAUGAGGAAGGAUGAGACGCGACUGGUGGCUGACUCGAGCUUCUUGAUAGAGCUAUGA